CUCCAGUGUUUUAAACUGCACUAGAGAUAGAGAUAUCCUAUACUCAAAUAUUCCAUAAAUUAAAAACAUUUAUUGCCAAAGAUCUUAGAAAACAUCUUUAAGAUAUCUAAAAUAUCCCUGUUACCACUGAAGACUUGCAGCUCUCCGUAACACAGAAUUGAAGUGACUGAAAAUGUCUCUGUUGGAGAGUACUCGGCGGCUAUUCAGCAGCACCUCUCUGGCUAACAGGUACCAUGGACUGAUAAACCAGGGAGCGACAGAUUACUUGAACAGUGUGCUGCAGGUGCUGUUCAUGACCAAGGACUUCAGAAAGGCUGUGACAAGGUACUCUGGAGAAAAUCCUCACUCUGAGUUUCUUGAUCAUCAUCUUAAAGUCUUAUUUGAUGACUUACAGAACCACACAGCAUACUCAUAUAAGAUAACACAGAAGCUGGGCAUUGACAAUGUGUAUGAACAGCGUGAUGCUGCAGAGUGCUUGGAGAAGGUUUUAAGAAUGACCAGUCCGGAUGCAUCACAGAUCUUCCACGGUCAGUUAGUAAACAAGACCACCUGCUCUAAAGGUCAUAUACAGACUGACAGAGAUGCACCUUUUUGGCUUCUUCCUCUUUCACUGGUGGAUUCCUGCAGUAAAGACUACAGCGUGGUGAAGGGCAUUGAAGAGUUUUUUAAACCUUCAGAUUUCUGUGGAGAAAAUCAGAUGUACUGUGAGCAGUGUGAUGACAAAGUUGAUGCUACUAUGAGAGAUAUAAUAAAGCAUCAUCCAGAUGUUUUGUGUCUGCUGCUGAAGAGGUUUGAGUUCAACUAUAAUUACAUGUCACACUUCAAAAUCACCUGUUCUGUGGAGGUUCCUUACACCCUGCAGAUACCAGAGAGUCAGAAAUAUGAACUAUAUGCGUUUCUGGAUCAUUUUGGGGAUCUGAGAGGUGGACAUUACUCCGCCACAAUCAAGAUCCAGGAGGACCACAGAGACAGAUGGUAUCAGUUUGAUGAUACCAGAGUCACAGAGCUUGGUUUUCAGCCAUUCCAGCUGGAUAACACUGAGAAGUCCCAGACUACAUAUCUUCUGUUUUAUAGCAAAAAGAAAGAUGGGAAAAAUAAGAGAAAGAGAGAAGAUGGGAGGGAGACAAACACCGCAGAUAAUCCAAAGACUGCUCGCUUACAAGAAGCAGGGGGAUCACCUGACACCCCCUGUAACGUAGAUCCUCUGGACAAAGAACCAAAUGAGGACAAAGGAACCACUGGAAGUGAUGACCUGGAUCAAAAACAUACAGAAGUGGACGAUGCUGAAAAGAACAGACCAGAUAGUAAUACUGAUUUUAAACUUGAUAUCAGUGAUCGAUCAGCAGUCUGUGAUGAUCUAAGCAGACAGUAUGAGAUGAGUAAAUUAAUGGAUGAUAAAGCAGAUAACGAUGAAAAGGCUAAAGAUAAACAGUCAGAGAAAAAAAGCCAUGCAGAGCAUCCAGCUGACACUGUUGGAGAGAACAUAUGUGAACAUCAGGAGAAUAAACAAAUCUGUAGUCCUUCUCAUGCUGAGGAGAAAACAAAAACAGAUUUUCAACAUGAGACAAAAGGGAAGAUUAGUGCUGAUAAACCAACAGCAGAGAUGUGCUGUGACACAUUUCAGGAUAAAGAAAAAGUUGAUGAUAGAAAAGAAAGCAUACUACAAGAUGAUCAGAGUCAUAAACACAGAAGCAGACACAGUGAUACACUGAACAUGCAGGAGAUCAGUGUUACACAUUCAAGUGAUAAUAAUGUUUGUGUAGAGAGAGAAAUCAGAGAUGUGAAGGAGGACAGGAGAGAAAGAAAAGGAGACGAAAAAGGUGACCACAGUAAGUUUGAACAAAACACAGUAGGGGAGGUAAGUGGUGCUGCUACAACACAGAAAGAUGUUGAUGUGGAGGAAAAGAAAGAAUAUGAAGGAAAUACUAAACAAAUUCAGAUCAGACAGAAACCCCAUCUGAGACCAGCAGGAGCAGAAAUAAUAGAAGCACCCAAAGAAAACCAGGAUGAUGCUACUAAUGAAAAAACUAAAGCAGAGAGUUUUCAACUAAAAGCCAGACCAAAGAUUCAGGGAGUCACAGAAGGAGGACGUGGUUCACAGAAGUCAGGAACAGUUCAAAUAACUUAUGAAGAAAAAAUGCAGACUCCAGAUUUUGAAAUCAUCAGGACAAAGAUGAAGAACAUGAGAAUAGAAAGUGUAGGGAAACCCUCACAGGGCAGCUCUGAGAGAUGUGUCAAAAAUAAUGAAGGAGUCAGUGAAAAUAAAUCUCAGACAACAAAUGCAGCCAAGCCCAGAAGAGUAGAACUGAAUGAUGCAAGUCUGCCAGAGCAGCAGAAAAGAAGAACCAAAAGAGAAGAACGAAAACACCAUCACACAAACUACCCAAUAUACACCCAAACUGAUGUAGAUGAUGUAGAAAUAGAAGCUGCUAAAUCAAGUGGGUUGUGUUCAUGUUUUGUUGCUUUGAAAAAAUACAAAUAAAAAAGCCAGACCGGGAUUUGGAGUCAAAUUAAGUUGAAUCAUUAUUAAAUGAUUAUUUAUUUUAUGUCUCCACAUCCUUAUGCUAAUUAAACAUUUAAUUGAAUGUUUUUAUAUUUAAAAUAACUGGGAUGUAUAUUUUUUAAAUCAUCUGGUCGAUAUCUUAAAUAUAUUGUUUCCCUGUUUAAUAUUUCCUAAAUUGUUUUUCAUAUUAGUUAUUUCACUUUCUUUUCUGCAAAGAAACUGAGGCAUGUUUGAUUAUUGAAUGUGCAGCUGUCACUUUAGCAACAAACAUCAGCAGAGAGAGCACAUUUCUUUGUUCUAUACCCCUCUGAACUCUUACUUUUGAAAAAAACCUGUAAAAACAGCAUAUAAGGACAUAAAGGAAGGGAAAAAAAGUAAACUAAACAUGUGAACACAUCGGAAAAUUGGAAUGCAAGUCAAGUACGAAUACUACAAGUUACAAAUGAGUAUGCACAUACAGAGAUUUAGUUUUAACAACUUUGCUACAGUAAUUUUCACAAACCUAGUAAAACAAGUAUACCUGGUGAUGUGGCAAGUCCUUUGUACACAGGUGUUUCUCCCACACCUUCUUUUACUGCUUCAGCCUCAGCUGAGAUCAUAUCAUGCCAGAAAAUUUGUUGUACCAGGAAACAUGUCUUUACAACUAUAGUAUAAAUACAUCUGUCUGUAACCCUGUGAUUCAGCCUGAUAAUACCUUACAGGGUUAUUUAUUAAUUUUCAGAAACAAAGUCUUACUUUAGAAAAUCUUGUUUGGUUUUCAAGUGGUCAAGUCAUUUAUUGCUUUGUUUUCAUUGCAGAGAUAGGUGCCAGCUAUCACUGACUUUGAACUGGAUAAGAUUUCAAGAAGAUAUAUUAGAAGAUUUUUAUAUGCUUUCAGUUUCUUUGUGGCAAUAAUGGGUCAUGUGUCCACAGAACAACAGUAAUUUUAAACUAUUACUAACAGUUCAGUUUUUCUUUUUUUAUGUCA